AUGGGUCCCUGCAAUCGAAAAGCCAAAGUACACUUGGCUUUAUUACUUUCCAAUUCCUUUUGGGGGAUUGGGGCCGUGGUGGGUGCUCUGGGAAUGUCGACGACUCAUCCACUGGCCUUCUUGACGAUUCGGCAAUACUUGUCUGGUUUGGUAUUGCUGAUGGGAGCAUCAGCAACAAAGGAAUCACCCAAUACUUCAAAGAAUUCACAGCUGAAAGAUGAGGAGGCAUAUCCUAAUGACUAUACGAAGCUAUCCAAGCCAGGGCGAACUCCCUCCUUUGACUUUAAGACCCAUCGCAAAACGUUCGCAUUGCUGGGUCUUACCUUGUUUGGAAGUCAGUUUGGUUUCUUGAUUGGAAUUACGCUCGCAGGACCAGUCACAGCUGGUGUGUGGCAACCAAGCCAACCAAUUCUCAUGGCAUUUUUUUGUUACAUUAUGGGGUGGGAACCGUGGAAUUCGAAACGUAUGAUUGGUGUCGCUAUGGCUUUUUGUGGCUGCAUAAUCAUGGUGGUACUGUCGCCUCAUGCGCCUGAUGAAGACGCGGACAGUGGAGCAUCCGUGUCCAAAUCUACUCUUUUUUGGGCUGGAAACUUUCUGUUCUUUAUCAACUGCUUGAGUGAUCCGUCGUACGUGUUGGUCUCCAAGCGACUGUUGGAUGCCUUUUCACCACUGAUGGUCACGGCAGUCUCCUACUUUGUGUCGGCUACCUACAUGGGAAUUGCGACAAUAAUAUCACUCCUUGUGACUUCCAAUAGCAAUUAUUCGAUGGACAACACCAAAGAUCCCAUGUGGGUUUGGUCUCAUGGUUCCAUUUUACCGCCAAUGGAUGCGCUUCCUGCUAUGAUUUGGUUUGUCUUUUUCAGUUCGGCAGGAGCCUACGGAUUGAUCAAUUGGGCUAAUCAAUAUGCAACCGGAACUUUGGUCAUGAGUUACACCGUCUUGCAACCAGUGUCUGCUGUUGUGCUGACAGUCAUUUUGCUGGCCUUGCAUACCGCUCGAGAUUGUGCAAAUACUGCUGAAGAUGCAACCGGAAUAUGUCUGACGCCGCCAAACAUGGGAACCUUUUGUGGAAUGGCUGGUGUGGGAGAUCUCGCCCCACGGGUUCCCAAGCGCAAGCCAUCGAGAGACUUAGUUGUCAAAGGAAGGAGCGACAAACGGCAGAGUGACAACAAUUCCAUGGCAAAUGCCAGAUUCGACGACGGUUGCAGUAGCCAGAGCCUCGGUUCUGCAACUACGAUGACAUCGCUGAUCGAUGGAUUUGGGGACCCCUCUCCUAUCGCAAGGACUCCGGUCAAAAGGAUAACAUCAUCCUGUCAGUUGAUGGACCCAUCGCCUACAAAAUGCGACGCACCACCAACUAUCCCACAACGAGAGCCGAAUGGGAGUAUCGAUUCGAACUUACAAUCGAAUUAA